AUGGACGCCUAUUCCAGCUACAACCAGAUCUUCAUGCAUCCGGCAGAUCGUGAACAUACGACAUUCAUCACAGAUAGAGGCCUUUACUGCUACAACGUCAUGUCGUUUGGCCUGAAGAAUGCAGGGGCAACAUAUCAACGCCUGGUCAACAAAAUCUUUGCCGAACUCAUUGGCACUUUGAUGGAAGUCUACGUAGAUGACAAGCUAGUCAAAAGCAGGACUGCCGACGACCAUCUUCGGAAUCUCUCCCUCAUAUUCGGCACCUUGAAAAAGUACAACAUGAGCCUGAACCCAAGCAAAUGCGCCUUUGGCGUCUCUUCGCGGCCUUGGCUCGCUUAA